UUUUGACCAGAGAGAGAGAGAGUGUGAGAGAGAGGUUUCUCUACUCCCUGACCUAGUUCUUCAAUCUUGAAUUUUGGGUCAUUUUGGUUCGUAGCAGAAACUCCGCAGCAAUCAGUAUCACUACUUCACACCACCAAGAGCAACCUCUUUGAAGAUUGGGACACCAUAAAAAUCGUUUCUUUCACCUUUGUGUUCAAUCUUGAUUACCUGGGUUUCAAGCUGCUCAUUUUCAACUCAUUCUACAAUCAAUUUUUGAGCUUGUUCCGGUUGUAGUCGUGAGAGCUUUUAAUCCGGCUAUAUCGUUGGGAGUGAGUGUAAUUCGGGGCUGAACUUUCACUGUGAAAUUGGUUUUAAGUAGCGUAUCCUCAGCUGUUGGCUAGUGGGAGAUGGGGGAUGUUUUGCUUUGAUUUGUGUUUGAGGAUUGCUUAGAUGAUUACUGCCGAAUAGGGUUAUAAUUACUACGGACACAAUGGGUGGGCUUUGCUCGAGAAGGGCCACUGAUGAGACUACUCUGGGUGGUGCACUUCCUCAUGUUAAUGGCCGCUUCGGUUACGGCCAUGGACUAGUUUAUCAAUCCCGUGGACUGGAUAUCCGAGAAGAGAACAUUCCGAGGGAUGUGGAAGUUAUGGAUAAGCAACCGAGGGAACCAUUCUCCUUUCCAGAGCUGAGUUCUACUCCACAUGGAACAAGCAUGGAUGAUAUCAAUGAUGGAAUACCUCGGUUGUCUAGGGCGUUAUCUGAUAAAUCUAGAUCAACGAGAACAAAGCAGGUUGCAUUGACAAAGGUUUCAGAAAUGAGUACGCUUCUGGGCAGAGCAGGCCACGCCGGCCUAGGGAAAGCAGUUGAUGUGUUGGAUACUCUUGGUAGUAGCAUGACUAAUUUGAAUCUUAGCAGUGGUUUUGCAUCUGGGAUAGCUACAAAAGGAAUCAAAAUAUCGAUAUUGGCUUUUGAAGUGGCGAAUACCAUUGUUAAAGGUGCCAAUCUGAUGAAUUCACUUGCGGAAGAGAAUAUAAGACAUCUGAAGGAGGUGGUGCUCCCUUCUGAGGGUAUACAGCGUCUAACAUCGAGGGAUAUGGAUGAACUAUUACGAAUUGCUGCAGCCGACAAGAGGGAUGAAUUGAAAGUUUUCUCUGGAGAGGUCAUUCGCUUUGGGAAUCGGUGCAAGGAUCCUCAGUGGCACAACUUGGACCGUUACUUUGAGAAGUUGGAGUCAGAACUCACACCUCACAAGCAAUUGAAAGAAGAAGCGGAAAGUGUGAUUCAGUAUUUGAUGGUGUUGGUUCAGAACACUGCUGAACUAUACCAUGAAAUGCAUGCAUUAGAUAGAUUCGAACAAGACUGUCGGCGCAAAGCUCAAGAAGAGGAUAACUCAAACGCUGCACACAGAGGCGACAGCCUCGCGAUUCUACGUGCAGAGCUGAAGAGUCAAAAGAAGCAUGUGAAGAAUUUGAAAAAGAAGUCUCUAUGGUCCAAGAUAUUGGAGGAGGUGAUGGAGAAGCUCGUGGACAUCGUUCAUUAUCUACAUUUGGAGAUCCAUUCUGCAUUUGGUUCCAGUGAUGGAUACAAGCCGACAAAAGACCGCCAUCAGAAGUUAGGAUCUGCUGGACUUGCACUGCAUUAUGCGAAUAUCAUAACGCAGAUUGAUACACUCGUCACUAGAUCAGGAUCGGUGCCACCAAGUACGAGAGACGCUCUAUACCAAGGACUGCCACCAACUAUAAAGUGUGCUUUGCGUUCUAGACUGCAAUCUUUUCAACUCAAAGAAGAGUUUUCUGUCCCACAAAUCAAAGAAGAAAUGGAGAAAACUCUUCAAUGGCUGGUGCCUAUGGCCACCAAUACAACAAAGGCUCACCACGGCUUUGGUUGGGUUGGCGAAUGGGCGAAUACCGGAUCCGAGAUGAACAACAAACUAGCCGGCCAGACGGAUUUGCUCCGUAUCGAAACCCUUUAUCACGCGGACAAGGAGAAAACGGAAGCUUACAUUCUUGAUUUGGUACUAUGGCUGCAUCAUCUCAUUAGCCGAUCAAGGGCCGCAAACGGUGGGCUCAAAUCGCCCGUCAAAUCCCCGAUCCGGUCCCCAAACCAGAAGACGCUCCAUCUAUCGAGCCCGAUACCGAGCUCGCCCUCCUCAACGCUGUCGAUCGAGGACCAGGAGAUGCUCCGAGACGUCAGCAAGCGGAAGCUGACUCCCGGGAUAAGCAAGAGCCAAGAAUUCAGCAAAUCAAGAACCAGUCUUUCCAAGCACCACCGGCUAACGAAGAGCAACAGCCAUUCUCCGACACAUGAAACCACGAGGGAGAGGGAUCCCUUCCCGAUUCGAAGACCUUCCUCGGUCCCAAUCAUUAAUUUUGACAUCGACCGGAUCAAGGCGUUGGACAUGAUCGACAGAGUCGACACAAUUUGAAUUGAAGCCUCAAGGCAUGCUUUCGUGAUGCAUUUUCCCCGCGCACGCUCGUCUCUAGUUUGCAGUUUCGCGUCGUUUAUGCCGCACACGAGCUCGUCCCCUCAGAAGCCGCGGGUUGGGAGGAAGAACCGUUGCAGCGCGUGUUGUACAUGGAGAGUCGUAUCUUAGGUAUACUGGUUUUCCCCGUGCGAUCGAGAUCGAGAAAACGGGCAAGCUCCGACGACGUUUCACCGGAGUUUGUGUCAGUUCAGUACCAAGUGAGUGUAGUUUCCAUCAGUAUGUGUACAGAAUGAGUUAAACUUGUUUAAGCCUAUUGUUGAUGAGUUCCAUUUCUGCCCUUCUAAACUAAUCUUGUGUUGUGAUAAAUGGAGCAAGCAUUCUCUAU